AUGAUAAAUCUAGUCCUGCCAGGUAGUGAGAAAUCCUGUGAAGAAAGUGAAGGAUCACUGACAUUUGGGGAUGUGGCUGUGGCCUUUACCCAGAUUGAAUGGAAACACCUGGAUGCCCCUCAGUGGGCCCUGUGCAGGGAUGUGAUGCUGGAAAACUAUGGGAAUCUCAUGUUAGUGGGGCUUCUCUCCUCCAAACACAAACUAAUCACCCAGUUGGAGCAAGGGUCUGAGCCAUGGAUGGAAGUACAAGUUCCACCAGGUACUUGUUCAGCCCAGGAGUACUGGUUUGAAACAAAGAUGUCCACCCUAAAGCAAAAUACUUCUGAAGGAUCUGAUCUGAGAGAGGAAACAAAAAGUGACAUGGAGAGAGGCCUGGACUGGGAGGGCAGAAGUUCCACAGAGAAGACACAUUAUAAAUGUGAGGAAUGUGAAGUCUUCAAACAUAAUUCCUCCUUUAUAAGCCACCAGAGAAAUCAUACUGGUGAGAAACCCUAUAAAUGUCAUGAAUGUGGGAUAACCUUUAUGAGCAGCUCAUCCCUUGUAAAUCAUCAUAAAAUCCACACAGGCAAGCAGCCUUAUAGAUGUAUAGAAUGUGGGAAAUUCCUUAAGCACUCAACAUUUGUUAAUCAUCAGAAAAUUCAUUCUAGAGAGAAACCUUAUAUAUGUAAUGAAUGUGGAAAAGCUUUUGGAAAGAACUUCCUUUUACAACAUCAGAGAAUUCAUGCUGGUCAGAAACCCUACAAAUGUAAUGACUAUAGGAAAGCCUUUGCUCAGAAUGCAGCCCUUACUCGUCAUGAGAGAAUACAUAGUGGAGAGAAGCCUUUUAAAUGCAAGGAAUGUGGGAAAGCCUUUAGGGAUAACUCAACCGUGUUGGAACAUCUGAAAAUCCAUACUGGUGAGAAACCAUAUCAGUGUAACGAAUGUGGAAGAACCUUUAGGAAGAGUCCAACUCUUGUUGGUCAUCAAAGAAUGCAUACCGGAGAGAAACCCUAUCACUAUAGUACGUGUGGAAAAUCUUUCAGGUAUAGCUCAUCCUUUGCUGGACAUCAGAAAACUCAUAGUGGAAAUAAACCCUAUUAAUGUAAUGACUGUGGGAAAGUCUUUACGAAGAACUCAACCCUUAUUGGACAUCAGAGAAUUCAUACUGGAGAAAAGCCUAAUCACUGUAAGAAAUGUGGGAAAUCCUUUAGACAUAGCUCUGGCCUUGUUGAACAUCAGAGAAUCCAUACUGGAGAAAAACCUUAUGAAUGUAAUGUAUGUGGGAAGGCUUUUCCUCAGAGUUCAGCCCUUAAACAACAUAAGAAAAUGCAUGAUAGACAAAGAGCCAUCAAAUGUAAUUAGUGUGGUAAAUCAUGCAAAAGUAAUUAUUCCUUUUGACCAUCAAAGAGAAGACAUUCAACAAAUCACAUAUUUAACAAAAAUAGUCCAUGUACCUCUGUCCUGGAGAACUUCUCACUUGUGAGGAUGCUCACUGUAGUAUGAUUUGUAUUAGUAAAAUACUUGAAGAACCUAAAUGUUUAUCAGUAUGGAAAUAGUUACUGUAGAACACUAUGCAGCAAGUAAAAAGAAUGAAGUAGAUCUUUAUAUAUAGAGCCAUAGAAAUAUCCCUAUGAUACCUUGUUCAAGGUGAAAAAAAGCAAGUUGCAGAAAAUCUACAUAUUGUGGCCUAAUUUACAUUUUAAAAAAUGAAGCUAUUUUUGUUUAUAUAUAUAUCCUAUGUAUCCAAAAAGAUCUAUCUAGUAAAAUAAAGUGCAAAAGUUUUUUUCUUUGAGAAGAAUGUUUUUAUUGGUAUG